AUGAGAGAACAACUAUGGCCAUUUCAUAUAACAAGACCAGGUAUUAUGAAUUUACAGAUUGUUCCAUAUGGUAAAGGUCAAUGUAUUUUUAAUGAAAAAAGACAAUUAGCAUGUAGUUGCAUGCAUGGACCAACAGAAUGUGAACUUAAUAGACUUCAAAAUUGUGCAAUAUCAUAUUUUCCACAAAGACAUAUUGGUUUAGUUACAUGUAUUCAGGGAUUAGCUAAUCUACAAGAAGCCCAUCAACGUUGUUUAUCUCGACUUUCACCAAUAACACAACAAAGAUUAAUGCAAUGUGCUUCAACUCAAAUUGGGGAAACUUUAAAUUAUUAUUCAAUGAUUAAUACUCAUCGAGCUCAGGUUAAUCUCUGGCCAACAGUUUAUGUUAAUGGAAAAUUCUUUGAUAGAAGUUAUUCAAUGGAGCAAAAGAUUUGUGAAAAUACUGCUUGGUGUUAA